CGCGGAAGAGCUGUCUCCGGAGGACAAUAUGCAGGAGUUGCGAGUCUGGGGCGGCGGAGUCGCCAACGCGCAGGAAGACACGCUGAGUCGACGGGUGGACAAGAAUGCCUCGACGCUGCAGGUGGUCGUCUACAAGCCGGAUCAUACCAAAGGCGGCAUUCUCAUACGGCCAAAGUACCACCGCGGAGACCGACGCGGGGUGCAGACUUUUCCGGUCCUGACGCACAUGAGCAUCAGACUGGUCCCGUCAGUGAUGCCGGCCGAGUUUGGCUGGCGGCUUCCAGCGCUUAAGCAGCUCACUCUCCUGCUGGACCUGUCCGUUCGGCCGCGCUGGAACCGGUACGAACCCGGCGAGGCGCGGCGAAGCAUCUUUGACGAUGGGGAGUCGUAUCUUCGCACCGCGCUUCGCACCAGGCUCGGCCGGCUGGUGGAUUCGGGCAACAACGGUCUCGCAGCGCGAGUAGCCGCGACAUCUCCGUCCCUGGAGCGUGUGUGCCUCGACCUGUGCUCCUCCGAAGAUAGCUCCCAGUCUUGCCUGCCCUUGCUCACCGUCUGCCGCGCAAGCAUGCCAUGGGACGUGGAGCGGCUCUUUCACCUGAUCAACCGCAAGCCUGACCCCGCAGCGACAGGUUUCGAGACCGCCGAGCGCUGCCACGAUGCCCUCCGCCAAGCGUGGCCUCUCCUCCUUCCCCUCCUCAAGGCCCAGGGCUGGGCACCCGCGUGGGAGGUGCGCGUGGCCCCGUCGCCGCCAACCGCCCAAGGGCUGGCCGUACUCGGGCUGACGCGCCCGCCCGCGGGACUUGAACUGUGGCCCUCGAGGGGCGUGGCGGACGAGGUGCUGGUGGGCUGGCUGCAGCUGACGUGCGCGAGCGCGACGCGCGACGGGGCGCCAUCCGGAGCGGCAAGCAGCGCCAGCGGCGCGGUCUCGCUCGCCUGAAACGACGUUAGGUCAUGCACGCUUGCACCGCCGUACUGGGGGCUUGCAGCCACAUGCCCACAUCUCUACCGGCGGCGCAGCGCCCCUGUUAUGGCGGCCGGUCUCGAUUUUUCUUUAUUUUGUAACGGCAAAGACCGAAAAAAAA